AUGCUCGUCCUGCUCGAACUCACCCCGCUGACCCAGCAGCCGCCGACGUGGGUAAAGCCCUCGUCACGACGGUGGAAGCGCCGGCGCGCACUCAGUCUCUCGGCGCCAUCGCGCCUGACCGACGCAAACAGCACGAGCAGGAACUCCAACAUCACCACCAUCGUGACUGACGCACCUGGCCCGCACAUGGCUUACGGGUUCCUCUCCAUCACCCUCGCCUCGCUGCGAAUCCUUCCUUUGCUCGCCGAACGCGUUCGGCUCGUGUUUGACGGUGCAUCGAUCAGCCCCGGCCUCAGGCUGGCACCGCACUGCUCGAAGGAGGCCGACGCGGCCGCCUACGCCGCGUACAAACGCCAGUCCAUCGACAAGGCGAGCGGCGAGCUGCCGCACGGGGCUCAGGUGAUUGAGCUGCCUCACCGUGCCUGCCUAUCCGGCUCCAUAAGGGCCGGUAUGGCUGGCGUGAGCACCCCCUUCGUCGCCGUCCUGCAAAACGACAUGCCAGUGAAGAGAAAAUUCGACCUGUUCGCUCUUUUGGCGCUGAUGGAGACGGAGCCGCGCGUAGAGAAGGUCCACUUCUCCGUCGGCAUCAACCGGUGCCACGUCAGGAACUCCAAGGUGGUGUGCAAGGCACAUCGAAGGAUGGGACGCGCGAGCAACGUCUCGUACGCGCAGGAGAAGGGCGGAGGCGUCCUAACGAGGCUGACGCCCGUGCAGCAGUGGUUCGACGGCAACCAUGUUGCCAGGCUCACCCACUACCAGCGCGUGCUCUCCAUCGUGCCUGACGGCGUCUUCAUGGAGGACAGGAUGUUUUGCAAGCCGUGGGCCAACCACUCGCUGUGGGGCACCUUCCUGCUCGGGGCUCCCGAUGACGGCCACUACUCCGGCCAUCUCAACGGCGGCGGCCACAGAGCCCAGGGCUGCAUGCAGCCUCCGUUUGGGGAGGGCAGCGGCCUUGUUGGAGGGGGCGGCGGCGGUGCGACAGUCGCGCUCCACAGCCUCCAGCCCGUGUAUGCCAUGCCAGUCACGUGA